CUUCCGGUUUGAGAAUUUUAUGAAAAUAUGUUUUAACCCCCCUCUUAUUAAAAAAAGAGGUAGAAUAUUGAGAUAAAACAAGUUGCAUGAUGAAGUACACACAUGAAACUAGCAAAGGAGACCAAAAAAAUAAAAUCAUUAAAAAAAAAAAAAAUUAGGGCACCUGUCACCUUAAAUUUAUUUUGUAAGUUCAUUACUUUCCCUCUUUUAAUUUUUUCCUCACAGGUUGACCUGUCAAAGACAAAGAACAUUGUGACUGACAAUGUAGUGACAAGUCUCCUUCAGCAUUACAGGCCCUAUGUUGUUCAUCUCAACAUCAAAGGAUGCAAAAUGCUCACCAAACCAAGCUUCAAAGCCAUUGGUCAAUGUCGUAACUUGCAGGAUUUAAACUUAUCAGAAUGUCCAGGACUGAAUGAUGAUACUAUGAAGUAUGUAGCCGAAGGUUGUUCUGUCUUACUUUAUCUCAAUGUCUCCUUCACCAACAUCACAGAUGCUACACUGAGAUUAUUAGCCAGGUGCUGCAGCAACCUACAGUACUUGAGCCUUGCAUAUUGCAAACGUUACAGUGACAAAGGGCUUCAAUAUCUUGGGACUGGCAAAGGAGGAAGGAGAUUAGUCUAUCUUGAUAUGUCAGGGUGUCCUCAGGUAACCGUGAAUGGCUAUAAGAAUAUAUCAGGCGGGUGCCCGAAGCUGCAGCAUCUUAUUAUCAAUGAUUGCUUCACUCUGAGAGAUGACAUGAUUAUUGCGGUGGCAGGCAACUGUCCUAACAUCCGCAGCAUUUCCUUCCUCUACACGCCCAACAUCACAGACGGGGCUCUGAAAGCAUUUGCUGUUCAUCGAAAGCUACAACAGAUUAGAAUUGAAGGGAACUGUAAAAUAACAGAUGCCUCCUUCAAGCAGCUUGGUAAAUACUGUGCUGAUUUGAGACACAUCUAUGUGAGUGAUUGCCCAAGGAUUACUGACGCUGCGCUGAAAUCUCUAGCUACAUGCAGAAACAUCAAUGUCCUCAAUGUGGCGGAUUGUAUCAGGAUUAGUGAUAAUGGUGUGAGGAAUCUUGUUGAAGGUCCUUCUGGUCCUAAACUGAGAGAGAUGAACCUAACAAACUGUGUCAGGGUCACUGAUGUUUCUAUCAUGAAGAUCACACAGAAAUGCUACAGCCUAGUGUAUGGUUCAUUUUGCUUCAGUGAGCACAUCACUGAUGCUGGGGCCGAGAUGUUGGGAAACAUGCCUGCUCUCUCAUCUCUAGACAUCUCAGGGUGCAAUAUCACAGACACGGGUCUUGGUGCAUUAGGUAACUGCUAUCACCUGCGUGAUGUCGUCCUAUCAGAGUGCCAUCAGAUCACAGAUCUAGGCAUCCAGAAGUUCGCGCAGCAGUGUAGAGAUCUGGAUCGACUGGACAUCUCUCACUGUCUGCAGCUCACUGAUCAGGCCAUCAAGAAUCUGGCGUUUUGCUGUCGCAAGCUCUCCUUUCUCAACAUUGCAGGUUGUGGUCAGUUAAGUGACAUGAGUAUCCGGUACAUAUCGGGUGUUUGCCACUACCUCCAGACUUUAGAUUUCUCUGGUUGUAUCAAAGUAAGCGAUGAUUCGAUGCGUUUCCUUCGGAAAGGUUUAAAGAGACUUCGGUGCCUCAUUAUGCUGUACUGUAAUCUCAUCACAAAGCCAACCAUCAACAAGCUGUCUGCCAAGAUUGACAAGGUUGUUUGGAGCGACGACCCCAUCCCCAAUCACUUUGGGCCUGGCUUUGACUACCUCAACGCUCUCUCCCUCUGCAAAGCUGCCAUGGAAAAGGAAAAAGAAGAAAACGAGGAUAAAGAAGAGAGAAACAAAGAGGAGGAGGAAGAGAAAGACGGUGAAGAUAAGACUUUGGUAGAGCCUAAAUCAAGCGAGACCUUAGAUAGCUCGUCCUCACAUGAGAUGAACAGAGCAACCGUCCUCCUCGCGCAAAACGAUAUUACGCCUGAAAGUUAGCUGGGUGUAACAGGCUUGUGUCCUCACAUUGGGUCAUCGCGUCGGGUCGAGAAAAGCCCCUCUCCUAGAUUCCAGAAAGGUCGGGUCCAGUUUGCCU